AUGAAAUGUCACAUUUAUGCUUCCAAACAACACUAUAAGCUUCUGGUUGAUGAUGUCAACUUAAUUGAAUCUGGGCGUGUGACUCUACCGGCUUAUAAUUCUACUUCAGAAGGCUCAACAGGCAAUGCUAGUGAUGAAGGAGCUGGCAAGAAGGGUGGCCAACCUUGGAAUUCGAACAGCGAGUCUAAUAAUGAAUCUAAGGCUUCAAGAUCAGAUCAGGAACGGCGUAAGGGUAUUGCUUGGACAAAAGAUGAACACAUGUCAGUUUAUUGUUUACUUAAGUAUUUAGAGAACCUGGGUAUGGUUAUAUAUGGCUGUAGUAAACUUCAUAAGCUUUACAGGAGUUUGUUGAGAGGAAGGACAAUGGGAAGAUGGCUGAAGGAUCAAAAGGAGAGAAAAAAGCAGGAAAUUAGGACUCAUAAUGCUCAGUUGCAUGCUGCAGUAUCCGUGGCAGGCAUAGCUGCUGCCGUUGCGGCCAUUACAGCUUCAAUAGAGUGUACAUUGUAG